UUUUUAGAUUUUCACCAGUAACGUAGAUUUUUAUUUAAAAAGUUUCGUUAUUUUAAUGUAUUAAAAUAUUUGUGCCCUCGCAGGCCGAUUCCUCAAUAAUUUUUCAUAAUAAUACCUAAACUUUUUCAAAACGGCUUCCCAAAUUAAAACAAUGUACCGAGUUUAUCUCGGAAACUUAGAACACAACGUUACUGAGAAAGACCUGCAGCAGUUAUUUAGUGACCACGACUUGACGCCUUCCAGCAUUCUUAUUAAAAAGGGCUACGGAUUCGUUGAUUGUCCGGACCAGAACACUUUUGAUAAAACAAUCGACAAACUCAACGGUUUUACUUUCAUGGGUUUGCAAUUGCAAGUUGAGCCUUCCACAGUAUCCAAAAGAAGGAAGAGUAACAAAAUUCAAGUCACCAAUCUGCCUGAUCAGUUGGACACAGAAGACAUAAAAAGUUUACUAGCUUCAAAGGGCAAAAUUCAAAAAUGUGAUAUUGUCAAAAGCAACUUAGACAAACAAUUAGUUGUUGUCUACGAUACAGUUGAAGAAGCACAAAAAGCCUUAGAAGAAUUAAACAAUUACGAAUAUCAUGGAUCUGUGUUGCAAGUUGAUUUCAUGAAUAUUCGAGAGAGUCGCGCUAGUAAACAUGUCAACAAGUUAGCCGGAGAUGCUGCCAAGACAGAAGGUGUCUACAUACUCAGGCUUCUGGUUCCAAGUGAAUAUGUCGGAGCUAUCAUUGGUAAAAGGGGGCAGACUAUUCAGAACAUAACAUCUGAAAGUAAAGUGCUCAAGAUUGAUGUUCACGGAAAAGAUAGCUCGGGUUUUAUUGAAAAGGCAAUAUUUAUUGCUGGCAAGUCAUUGAGUUCAGUAUCAUGUGCCUGUAAAGAAAUAUUGAAGAUUAUGCAACAAGAGGCUUCUAAUAAUAAUAGAAGCGAGGCAGUAUUAAAGAUGUUGGCAGAUGAUCGUUACUGUGGUCGCGUGAUUGGCAAAGAAGGCAAGAGCAUUAGGAAGAUCAGAGAGGACACUGACACUAAAAUUGUUGUCUCAGGAUCCGACGAUAUGAUGUCAACCUACCCUGAUCGUAUCAUUGUCAUCAGAGGAACUGUUGAUAACAUGUCAAGGGCUGAAGAAGCUAUAUCAUCCAUUCUCUACCAAUGUAUGGAGAAAGAUCUGCAGCAAAGAGGGACAGGAAUGCAGUAUAAUAACUAUGUUGCACCUCGACCAUCAUAUUCUGCUGGCCGAAGUUACUCCACUCCAAGAUACAAUGGAAUGGCAAACAGAGGAACAUACUCGCCAGCUGAUCGCCAGAGACCAGGCGUCAGAGGGUCGUCGGGAGUGGACAACCAAAAAAAUUGUUAUUACAUCACUGUGCCAAACACUGUGGUUGGCGCAAUCAUCGGCACAGGAGGCUCAAACAUCAAACAAAUCAUCAGAGAUUCCAAUGCUUUUGUUACUAUUGAAACAAAGAAAGAUGUUGAUGCCAACCCAGCUUCAGACAGGAGUGUGACUAUCAAGGGAACUCCUGAUGCAUUUUGGAGGGCUAGCUUUUUCAUUUUUGAGAAAAUGAAAAUGGAAGGGUUUGCCGGUAACGAUGACGUUCGCUUGAGGACUUUAAUGACAAUCCCAAAAAGUACUGUUGGACGAAUUAUUGGAAAAGGUGGCAAGAAUGCCCGCGACAUUGAACAGGUGACUGGAGCCAUUGUUAGAAUUACAGAUGAUCCUCGAGCUAGUGAUGAGGAAUCAUUAGUCGAAGUCUGCGGUACAUUCACUGCUACUCAGGGGGCUUUGUCUCGCAUAAGGACAAUUGUGAACCUGCAAACAGCAAAACAGGCUCGGUCAGUCUCACCUCCUCGCGAUCGGGGUGACCAUCAGGUCACUUCACAAUAAUCUUUAUAUUAUUUAAAUCGCUCCUUACAAUAUUACCUUAUGAAAUAAUAACAAAAUGUUACAUUAUUCGUUAUCUGGAUACAUACUUAUGUUAAAACAUACAGCCAAGCCCUUAAAUAUUUUUCAACAUUUUUUGCCAUAUUAAGUUAACUUAAGGGAAAGUUCCAUUAUAAUAUGGAUUACCUAAAAGUUCAGUUAUCAUUAGCAUUGAUUCUUUCACUGAUGUCAUUUAAUUGGAAACAUUCUAUCAGUUUCAAUGUUCUAGCUAAUUCAGUUAUCUCUCAUUGUUAAUAUUAUUUAAAAUGCAUUUGGUUAGCCAUCCUUUUCAAUUUGAUGACUCUUUAAUUGUUAGUAGGUGUUAUUCAUUGAUUUAUUCCAGAUGAGAUCUGUUAAGUUUCUUUGGCACAGAGAAAGUUGUUAGGCUUUCAAAUAAUUACAUGACUACAUAAUUUUGUUGCUGGUUUAUUUGUCACUUCGUGUUAGUAAUUUUAUUUUCAAGUGAAAAUUCGCUAUUUGUAUGUUGAGAGUAUCCUGAAACAAAUCUUUUUAAAUCGGUUUAAUGUAUCUGCUGAACGUAAUAUAUUUAUACUUAAAAUUAUUCUUUUUUAUAUAAAUGAAUUUAUUUUUAAUUCGUUUUGUCACUUUCAAUAUUAAAUAUAAUAUAUUUAAAUUGCAAAUGAACUGAAAUUAAUACUGAAAAAAAGUUGACGGAUUAUAGAAUAGUUUUGAAUGUAUUAAUAAAUAUAGCCUAAUAUUUUCUUAGAAUUACCUAAGGAAAAUAUUUUUAUAUUUUAGAUUUUUAUGAAUCUAGUUCAUUACUAGGUUUUGGUAGUUUUAUUCAACAUUAUGAUGUGUUAGUUAUGCAGGGUUGUUAACAUUUUUUAUUCGUUAAGAAUGAUUUGUAGUUGUUAUUUUGGAGAACACAUUUCAUUUUUUGAAUCAACAAUAUGUCACUAUGUUUUGUUCUCAAUAAAAUAAUUUUUAGUUGAUAAUUUGUUAAAACAUGUUCUUGAUUCUUUUGGGUGUUUCUUAUUUUUACUGCUUAAUUUUUUGCAUGAGUUUUCAAUGAAAUUGCAAUCCGCUUUUAUAAAAAUACAUACAUUUUAUUCC